ACGCAAACUCCUUUUAAAUUAUCAUCCAAACUCGCGCAUUUACAAACAAAAUGGCGGAGUCAUCGGUGGUUUACUCCAAGUCAUUUCAUCUGCUAACCCAUGCCGGGACUUCGGUUUCAGCUCGACGCCGAUCGUCCCGCUGCUACCCGAUCUCGUUGGGUUGUUUGAAUCAGUACAGAUCUUCGAGUGGUAACCUGCUCCACAGCAAAACUUUCGCCAAGCAGCAGCUUCGUCCCAGUGAGAUUAUAAGGGUUGUCGCGGGUUCUGACGUCACGCCAUUGAUCCCUGAAUCGACGAAAGAGGAAUUUGAGUUUCCCCUGGAUACGAGCGGUGGAGACGGUUUUGGUGGUAGUGGUGGUGGCGGCGGCGGUGACGGUGGAGACGACGAGAACAGAGGCGGCAACGAAGGCAAUAAUAACGAGGGGGAAGGAGAUUCCAACAGAAACGAAAAUAACAAGACGAUGGCCAUGUCAAUGUCCCAGAAACUGACACUCGUUUAUGCUGCUUUGGUUGGAGUUGGUGGAGUCAUCGGCUAUUUAAGGAGGGGUAGCCAGAAGUCACUAGCUGCAGGGGGUUUGGCUGUCUUGCUACUGUACUAUGUAUAUACAGAGCUUCCUGUAAGACCAGCCUUUGCAUCGUCCCUUGGGCUUGGUUUGUCUGCUGUCCUUCUGGGCGUGAUGGGUUCUCGCUUCAAGAAGUCUGGAAAGAUAUUUCCAGCAGGGGUUGUGUCACUUUUGUCCCUUAUAAUGGCAGGUGGCUAUCUCCAUGGGUUUCUGCGUAGUAUGCAUGGAUAACACUCAGGGUGUUCAAAAUUUCAGUCGCUUCCCUGAGUUGACCUAGCCCCAUCUUAGCAGUGUUAGCAGUCCAACAUAUUUUUGUAGUAAGAUAUUCAAAAUUUGGAAUUUGACUGC